CACCAAAAUUUUCUUCUCUUCUUCAUUUUUCUUCUUCCUUAUUUAUCAUUGGAUUUGCUGCGUUUUUAUAGGGAGAAGAUUUGCAAGAUCUUCACCAGGUGUGCUCGUGUUUUAGAACACACGCGAUCGUCGCAACCAUGCCUGCCGCCGGAGGAUUCUCCGCCGUGAGUAAGGACGGAGGCGGCGAGUUCGAGGCCAAAAUCACUCCGAUUGUCGUCAUUUCCUGUGUAAUGGCCGCCACCGGAGGCCUCAUGUUCGGCUACGACGUCGGUGUCUCAGGAGGCGUUACUUCUAUGCAGGAUUUCUUGAAGAAGUUCUUCCCGGUGGUUUAUCGGAAGACGCAGCUGAAGGAAGAAAUCGACAGCAAUUACUGUAAAUACGAUAAUCAAGGCCUUCAGUUAUUUACAUCGUCGCUGUAUUUGGCUGGUUUAACGGCGACUUUCUUUGCUUCCUACACCACCAGGAAGCUUGGAAGAAGGUUAACCAUGUUAAUUGCCGGCGUCUUCUUUAUAAUCGGAACGGUCCUUAAUGCCACGGCUGAAAACCUCGCCAUGCUCAUCGUUGGGAGAAUCUCGCUCGGCUGUGGUGUUGGCUUCGCUAAUCAGGCAGUGCCACUGUUCCUUUCAGAGAUAGCCCCAACCAGAAUCCGCGGAGGAUUAAACAUACUAUUCCAACUCAACGUCACCAUUGGCAUUCUCUUUGCAAACCUAGUCAACUACGGCACAGCCAAAAUCGAGGGAGGGUGGGGGUGGAGGCUGUCGCUGGGUUUGGCUGGAAUUCCGGCCGGCCUCCUAACUCUAGGGGCUCUAAUGGUGGUGGACACUCCCAACAGCCUCAUAGAGCGCGGUCAUUUGGAGGAAGGCAAAGAAGUGCUGAGAAAGAUACGUGGGACUGAUAAUGUUGAACCAGAGUUCUUGGAGUUGGUGGAAGCCAGCCGUGUGGCUAGAGAAAUAAAGCACCCUUUUAAAAAUCUACUCAAGCGCCGGAAUCGCCCCCAACUUGUCAUUGCUGUGGCCCUGCAGAUAUUCCAGCAGUUUACGGGCAUCAAUGCUAUUAUGUUCUACGCUCCAGUCCUAUUCAACACGCUGGGUUUCAAGAGCAGUGCUUCCUUGUACUCGGCUGUCAUCACUGGAGCUGUCAACGUUGCAUCCACGGUUGUGUCGAUCUAUUCCGUCGACAAAGUCGGCCGCCGUAUGCUGUUACUGGAAGCCGGAGUGCAGAUGUUCAUUUCCCAGUUAGUGAUCGCAGUAAUUCUGGGCAUCAAAGUCAAGGAUCACUCGGAUGAUCUCACUAGAAGCUUUGCAAUCUUGGUGGUGGUGAUGGUCUGCACCUUCGUGUCUUCGUUUGCGUGGUCAUGGGGACCGUUGGGGUGGCUGAUCCCGAGCGAGACAUUCCCGCUGGAGACUCGCUCCGCAGGCCAAAGCGUGACGGUUUGUGUUAAUUUGCUGUUUACUUUUGUGAUAGCUCAGGCCUUCCUCUCCAUGCUUUGCCAUUUCAAGUUUGGGAUAUUCUUGUUCUUCUCCGGCUGGGUUUUGGUUAUGUCGGUUUUUGUGCUGUUCUUGCUGCCAGAGACUAAGAAUGUACCGAUUGAAGAGAUGACAGAAAGGGUGUGGAAACAGCACUGGUUCUGGAGGAGAUUCGUGGGCGAGGAGGAUGAGUUCGAGGGCAAGAAAAUUGGAGAAAAUGAAGUUGGUUUGAAGAAAAAUGGGCAUAUUGAUGGAAUUUGAUCCGUACUUUUAGGUGAAAUUUUCUAAAUGAUAUGAGGAUUUAGCAGCAAAUAGGUAAGAUGGUAUAAUAAUAAGUUGGUGCAAAACAUCCUUCCCAGCAGUUCCCUUGGCUAAGUGUUUGCACUACUACUAAUAAACCAUAAAUUAAUUUCUGCAUUA